AUGGAUGAACGAUUGGAUUACGAGAAGAGUAAAAACUAUUGGUCUAAUGUUCCGGCUUCGGUGAAUGGCAUGCUUGGCGGGUUCUCCAGUUUAACGAAUAUGGACAUCAAGGAUUCUGAUCUCUUCCUUAGGAAAUUGUUCCAAAUGAAAGAUGGUCCGUCCAAUGGUCGAGCGUUGGACUGCGGUGCCGGUAUCGGCAGGAUAUCCGAAAACCUCUUGUGCAAACACUUCAAAUGUGUUGAUAUGCUGGAACAGGAUGAAAAGUUUUUGGAGGAAGCCAAACUGAAAUGUCAAGGGGCUAAUGUAGAAAAUUUUUACUGUUCUGGAUUACAAAAAUUCACACCCACCGAAAAUCAAAAAUAUGACGUCAUAUGGAUCCAGUGGGUUCUUGGUUACCUUACAGAUAAUGAUUUGGUCGAGUUCUUGAAAAAGUGUAGUAAAUUAUUAAACACAAAUGGUGUUAUAGUCGUUAAAGAAAACAUUUCUCAAGACGAUGAAGGAGAAAUAGAUUCAUUAGAUAGUUCAAUAACAAGGAGCUUCAUUCAGUAUUGUAUUAGAUUCCAGCAAGCAAAUUUAAUAUGUAAAGCAAGCGAACCCAAAAAAUUUUCCAUCAGAAUUGUACAAAGUUAA